UGGCUGGCGGAGUGGGGCCUGUUGCUGAGGCGGGAGGAGGGGCCUGAGGCGUGAGGGAAGCCGCGAUGAGGGCCGUGUUGACGUGGAGAGAUAAAGCCGAGCAGUGUAUAUAUGACCUCGCAUUUAAGCCCGAUGGAACGCAACUGAUUUUGGCUGCAGGAAACAGAUUACUGGUUUAUGACACCUCUGAUGGCACCUUACUUCAGCCCCUAAAGGGACACAAAGAUACUGUGUACUGUGUGGCAUAUGCAAAGGAUGGCAAACGCUUUGCUUCUGGAUCAGCUGACAAAAGCGUUAUUAUCUGGACCUCAAAAUUGGAAGGCAUUCUGAAGUACACCCACCCAGGCACCCCUUGGCCUGUAAUAUCUUCAUUGCACCUCCAUCCUGUAUUUCCAGGCCUCCACAAAGCAAUAAGAGUUGUAGCCACUGAAACAUCUGUGGUUUGCUGCAUAAUAAUCUAUAGUUGUUUACUUCUUAGACACAAUGAUUCUAUCCAGUGUGUCUCCUACAACCCUGUUACCCACCAACUGGCAUCUUGUUCCUCCAGUGACUUUGGCUUGUGGUCUCCUGAACAGAAGUCUGUCUCCAAGCACAAAUCCAGUAGCAAGAUCACCUGCUGCAGCUGGACAAAUGAUGGUCAGUACCUGGCUCUCGGGAUGUUCAAUGGGAUCAUCAGCAUACGGAAUAAAAAUGGCGAGGAGAAAGUGAAAAUCGAGCGGCCGGGGGGCUCCCUCUCCCCCAUAUGGUCUAUCUGUUGGAACCCUUCAAGCCGAUGGGAGAGUUUCUGGAUGAACAGAGAAAAUGAGGAUGCGGAGGAAGUCGUUGUCAACAGAUAUUUUCAGGAAAUCCCUUCCAUUCUGAAGUCAGCAGUGUACAGUAGUCAGGGUAGUGAGGCAGAGGAGGAAGAGCCAGAGGAAGAGGACGACAGUCCCAGGGACGACAACUCAGAGGAACAUAAUGAUAUCCUGGCUGUAGCUGACUGGGGACAGAAACUCUCCUUCUAUCAACUAAGUGGAAAACAGAUUGGGAAGGAUCGGUCACUGAACUUUGACCCCUGCUGCCUCAGCUACUUUACUAAAGGGGAGUACAUUUUGCUGGGAGGGUCAGACAAGCAAGUAUCCCUUUUCACCAAGGAUGGAGUGCGGCUUGGGACUGUUGGGGAGCAGAACUCCUGGGUGUGGACGUGUAAAGUGAAACCUGACUCCAACUACGUGGUGGUAGGCUGCCAAGAUGGCACCAUUUCCUUCUACCAGCUUAUUUUCAGUACUGUCCAUGGGCUCUACAAGGACCGGUAUGCCUACAGGGAUAGCAUGACUGAUGUCAUCGUGCAGCACCUGAUCACUGAGCAGAAAGUUCGGAUUAAAUGCAAAGAGCUUGUCAAGAAAAUUGCCAUCUACAAAAAUCGAUUAGCUAUCCAACUGCCAGAGAAAAUCCUCAUCUAUGAGUUGUAUUCAGACGACUCGUCAGAUAUGCAUUACCGGGUGAAGGAGAAGAUUGUCAAGAAGUUUGAAUGCAACCUCCUGGUGGUGUGUGCCGAUCACAUCAUCCUCUGCCAGGAGAAACGGCUACAGUGCUUGUCCUUCAGUGGAGUGAAGGAGCGGGAGUGGCAGAUGGAGUCUCUCAUUCGCUACAUCAAGGUGAUCGGUGGCCCUCCAGGAAGGGAAGGUCUGUUAGUAGGCCUGAAGAAUGGACAGAUCCUAAAGAUCUUUGUGGACAAUCUCUUUGCCAUUGUCCUGCUGAAGCAGGCCACAGCCGUGCGCUGCUUGGACAUGAGUGCUUCCCGUAACAAGCUGGCUGUGGUGGAUGAAAACGACACGUGUCUGGUGUAUGACAUCCACACCAAGGAGCUGCUUUUUCAGGAACCAAAUGCCAACAGCGUGGCCUGGAAUACCCAGUGUGAGGACAUGCUCUGCUUCUCGGGAGGAGGCUACCUCAACAUCAAAGCCAGCACCUUCCCUGUGCACCAGCAGAAGCUACAGGGCUUUGUGGUGGGCUACAAUGGCUCCAAGAUCUUCUGCCUCCAUGUCUUCUCCAUGUCAGCUGUGGAGGUGCCACAGUCUGCUCCAAUGUACCAGUACCUGGAUAGGAAAAUGUUCAAAGAAGCCUACCAGAUUGCUUGCUUGGGAGUGACAGACACUGACUGGCGUGAGCUGGCUAUGGAAGCUUUAGAAGGAUUAGAGUUUGAAACAGCAAAGAAGGCCUUCACCAGAGUACAAGACCUCCGAUAUUUAGAGCUCAUCAACAGCAUUGAGGAGAGGAAGAAACGGGGAGAGACCAACAAUGACCUGUUUCUGGCAGAUGUGUUUUCCUACCAGGGGAAGUUCCACGAAGCCGCCAAACUGUACAAGAGGAGUGGGCACGAGAACCUUGCACUCGACAUGUACACCGACCUCCGCAUGUUUGAGUAUGCCAAGGAUUUCCUUGGAUCUGGAGACCCCAAAGAAACAAAGAUGCUAAUCACCAAACAGGCUGACUGGGCUAGAAAUAUCAACGAGCCUAAAGCCGCUGUGGAGAUGUAUAUCUCAGCGGGAGAGCACGUCAAGGCCAUAGAGAUCAGUGGCGACCAUGGCUGGAUUGACAUGUUAAUUGACAUUGCCCGUAAACUGGACAAGGCCGAGCGGGAGCCCCUGCUGAUGUGUGCUUACUACUUCAAGAAGCUGGAUAACCCUGGCUAUGCUGCUGAAACCUACCUAAAGAUUGGUGACCUGAAGUCCUUGGUUCAGCUGCAUGUGGAGACCCAGCGCUGGGACGAGGCCUUUGCUUUGGGUGAGAAGCAUCCCGAAUUUAAGGAUGACAUCUAUGUGCCCUACGCUCAGUGGCUAGCAGAGAAUGAUCGUUUUGAGGAAGCCCAGAAAGCGUUCCACAAGGCUGGGCGGCAGCGGGAAGCGGUCAGGGUGCUGGAGCAACUCACACACAAUGCCGUGGUCGAGAGCAGAUUUAAUGACGCUGCCUAUUAUUACUGGAUGCUGUCCAUGCAGUGCCUUGAUAUAGCUCAAGACCCUGCCCAGAAGGACGUGAUGCUUGACAAGUUCCGCCACUUCCAGCACUUGGCCGAGCUAUACCAUGGCUACCAUGCCAUUCAGCGGUACACGGAGGAGCCUUUCAGUUUCCAUCUUCCCGAAACCCUCUUCAACAUCUCCAGGUUCCUGCUGCACAGCCUGACCAAAGACACCCCCUUGGGCAUCUCUAAAGUGAACACGCUCUUCACUCUGGCCAAGCAAAGCAAAGCCCUGGGUGCCUACAAGCUGGCCCGGCAUGCCUACGACAAGCUGCAGGGUCUGCAGAUCCCCGCCAGGUUCCAGAAGUCCAUUGAGCUGGGCAGCCUGACCAUCCGCUCCAAGCCCUUCCAUGACAGCGAGGAGCUGGUGCCCUUGUGCUACCGCUGCUCCACCAACAACCCGCUGCUGAACAGCCUGGGCAACGUUUGCGUCAACUGCCGCCAGCCCUUCGUCUUCUCUGCCUCUUCCUAUGAGGUGCUGCAUCUGGUUGAAUUCUACCUGGAAGAGGGGAUCAGUGAUGAAGAAGCUGUCUCCCUCAUUGACCUGGAGGCACCAAGACACAAGCGUGAGAACAAAUGGCAAGAGAUCACAAGCAACAAUUCCCAGACUCUGAGGCUGGAUGAGACCAUGGACUCCGUGGGAGAUGAUGACCCAUUCACGGCAAAGCUGAGCUUUGAGCAAGGUGGCUCCGAGUUUGUGCCUGUGGUGGUGAGCCGCUCAGUGCUGCGCUCCAUGAGCCGACGGGACGUGCUCAUCAAGCGCUGGCCCCCGCCCCUGCAGUGGCAGUACUUCCGCUCGCUCCUGCCUGAUGCCUCCAUCACCAUGUGCCCCUCCUGCUUCCAGGUGUUCCACUCGGAGGACUACGAGCUGCUGGUGCUUCAGCACACCUGCUGCCCCUACUGUCGGAGGCGCAUCGACGACCCCAGCCCAUGACUGGCCCCCUCCGAACCACCGCUCCCACCGGGGCCACCUCGCACUUGGCUGGGCUGUCAAAGGAAGAAAGAGUUAAACUGUCAGAAUGUGUCUUCUGCCCAGAUCAAGUGUGUAUUUUAGGGAGGGGCCUUGUGUAACCACGGAAUUCCUAUUUAUGGCAUUUCGUGCCUUGUAAAUAGCACCAGGAGAUGGAGAAGAGAAAGUACAUAUUUUCUAAGGAAAAAAAUGUGUUACUUUCAGAGAGGCUCUGAGUUGUUCGCCGCAGCCUGCUGGAGUCCACAGAUCUGUCAGACCAUUAACAUGUACACUUUGCGAACAGAUUGCCUCAAUAAUUACAAAUAAAAGGGCUACUUAUUUUCA